UGCCGGGGACUACUAGUAGCCCCCCGUCGACUACCUUGUCAAGAAUGCUAUCUUGUCGCAGAGGACUCGAUCUUCCCCGCGAUCGCCUCGUUCCUUCUCCUUCGUUCUCUAAGCACUACGACCGCCGAUCGUCGGCUGUUGGCGAUGGCGUCGACGGCGCUACCGUUCUGUUCAAGUAUGAGGAGGAGGAUGACAGCAGGUGGUUGUCGUCGACGUCGAGACUCUCUACGACGCCUUCGUCACGCCAUCUGGCUUCCUCCUCUCAUUCCUGCUUGUCGGGUAGGAACCACCCCUCUUCUUCUGUGGCGCCGCCCUGCUCACCAUCUUCAUCUUCUCCAUCGCCGUCUUCUUCAGAUUGCUCUUCGCCAUCCUCUUCGUCCUUGGGGACCAUGCUCGUAGUUGGCGACGCGCGCAGUGGUAAGAGGUCGCUCGUCGAAGCUCUUUCUUCGUCGUUCGCAUCUGCUUGUUCAUCUUCUGCCUUGCCGACCUCUCUGCCGUGGACCUCCUCCUCCUCCUCCUCCUCCUCCUCGUUCUCCUCGGCCUGCCGCACGCCAAUGAAACUGCCGUUCUCGUCCUGUGGCAGAUCUACGGUCGUCGAUCGGAGCUCGACGAGAGGUCAUGAUCACCUCCCUCGAUCUGCCUCCUCCCCCUCCUCUGGUCCGACAUCGCUCUCCCCCUGCUCGUCUUCGCGCUUCGCUUCUUCGGGACCCUUAGAGUUCCACUGCAUUUCAGUCUCCUCCGCCAUUCAGAAUCAGCACUGCAAGACAAAUCAUUCGAAUCUGGCGGCGACGGCAGUCCGAGCGUCGGCGGCGCCCGUUCCCGCCGGUGGCUCUUCGGUGCGCCACAGGCCGUCCACCCAUUCCCUCUCUUCUGGUGUUGCUGCCGCUGCUGCCGCUGCUCCGAAGGAUAGCCAGCGCGGGCAAAGUGAUGACUGCGCGUGCUUUUUGAGCGUGUGGAAUGUGAGGGAUAGAUCGCUGCUCAAGCUAGCCGUGAAUCCGGCGGCUAUGGCGUCGACGGUCGCGGUCAUCGUCGUGGAUCUGUCGAGGCCAUGGGAAGCGUUGACGUCAUUAGAAAAGCACGCGGAGGCGCUGCGCGAGACGGCUUCGUCCGCCGCCAGGACCGUUCGCGAGAUGGCUGCGGGAUCAAGAAGAAGCGCAGGGGUGGGACUUGUAGGAUUACCGGCGGGAGGCGGCUCCGUCUGCCGUCAAGGAGUAGGGGCGUUGGGAUCUGGAGGAUCAGCAGGAGGCGGGGGGGGGGAGGAAAUAUUGGCGGGAAGUUCAUCGAAGUUAAAAAUAGGAAGAUUCAGCUCGUUUGACUUGCCCUCCGACGUGGGCGUCGGGACUAGGAGAUCGCUCUCCGCCGAUCUGAGUUCUCUGUAUGGAGGCGCGUACCGCCAACUGGAUCGUAGCGCACUGGGUUCGGGGGUUGCUCUCCUUGAAGGAGGGGUAGGCGGCAGAGGAGGCGGAGGAGAGGGGAGGAGGCGGGAAGAUUCACGGAUGUUGUUGUCGAAGAAAGUGCACGGCAUCAACAGGUCCCCGACAUGCUCCCCGGCCAAGGGUGGUGUGCGAAGGGUGAAUAGUUUGGGCGGGUUGUGCCGAUUCUCGACCGCCAGUGCGGCUGCGGACGGCGAUAUUCGAAUGGGGGGAAGGGAGGGAGGGCAGUGGCUGCGGGGGGAAGCAAGUGGAAAAGACGAUGGCCGUUGGGGAAGAGGAGGGGGAGGCGCAGGCGAGGGCCGCGAGGAAGAAUGCAGCAUCAAGGCGAUCGCUACAGCGACGAGGAGCAGAGGUGAUGACGGCGGCGAUGAGCGGCCACUCAGUGCGGGAGCAAGCGCAUGCGGUGAUGCAAAGAUGCAGAUGGUGGUCGUCGGGACCAAGGCCGAUCUUCUAACGGCGACGGCUCUUCAUGGUGAAGGCGAUCACGCGGCUUUGCAGAGACGACUGCUAAAAGCGUGCCAAAGCAUCGGGGCUGGGCUUGUCUACACAUCAAUGAAAAGCGGUCUCAACAUUUCCAAGCUUCGGGACCAAGUCCUUCAGAUUCUUGGCCGCCAAUCGAGUUCAUCUCUUGAGGCGUCACUAUCAGGACCAGAAUGUUUUUUGCCGGUUGGUUGGAAAUGCGAGAAGGAUGGGAAUGUUCCGUGGUCGUCAGGUGAAGAAACGCCAGGACAGCAGUCUAUGAGCUCCAUGGGUUCACAUGGAGAGAGUGAAGUUUCUGUGGGGGACAGCUCUGUAAGUGCAUCUGGAUCAAUUGUGUACAAAUCCUUGUCUUCAUCGUCAUUGUCGAGUAGCGUGUGCUCAGAGAGGGCAAAGAAAGACUCCAGCUGUGCUGAUGGUGCUGAAUUACCAUUUGCUAAGGAGUCGAUGGGCGGAGGAGCAGUCGAGGUCGAGGUGGAUGCACCCGCUGACAGGGAUAGCAUGGUUAGUGGCAGUCUGAGCACAUCGAGUGGAUCGUUUGAUUCGGCUGAUGAAGUCCGGCGACUGCACAAUGAGGAUGUCUUUGAGGAUCUAAGUCACCGUGCAGCCCCCGGAAGGCACACACUUGACCGCGAUAGCCUUCGGACUCUGGGUCGAAGUAAUUAUGACUUUGGGAAAGGUACGAAUGGUUACCUUGAGGAUGAACAGGUCUUCCUGGCACGGCAUAGAGUCCGUCUUCAGUGCUUGAUGGAGGAUCGUAAAUGGGCAAACAGGAGGGAGGGUGUGGUGGCAAGCCCGUGUGUGUGGAAGGAAGAGACACAGAAGCCAUCCGGUCGGAGAGAGGUGUUUGGUUCUAGGAAACUUUGCUAGUUUUCUUGCAAUGUUGGUUCGGGGAUUGUUGAUGCAAGCAACUUGCUGUUGUUGCCAAUCCCUACUCCCCUCCCCUUGUGCACCGCUCUUCUGCUUUCUUUGAUCCAUCGAUCUUUUUUCCUUUUCUCUUUUUGUUGUUGGUCUCUCUAAGCUGACUACCCUCCCGUCACUUGCAAUCUGUCGGUCCUCGUCCAGUGCAUGCAUGUCAUCCUUCCCUGCAGUCUGCUUGCUGACCUGGGUUCGCUGUGUGGUUGGUUUAUGUCAAUCUUUGUCCCUUCACCACUUCAACUCUUCCCACCAUGACAAGGCAACCAGAAAUCGUUUGUCGCUGAAAACCUGGCGUGCCUUUUCUUGAUACUCAUUCUGCUAAAUCCUGUCGAUUAUCACUCUUUCCUGUUCUGGCAUGUCCUUGUUUCCCUAUCUGGUGUGCCAGCAGGACUCAAGGUGCCUGUUAUGCCCAGCGUAGACUUUGGCCGACAUUGUGCCCUUCUUUUUGAGGACUCCUGUGCUACGAGUCUGAAGAACGGUAAGAAAAAGAACAAUGCGCUUUUUUUUUUUGCAACAGGUGCCGAUGUCCAACCACAUUUCUCUGCUGCUGCAUUUUCAUGCCUGUCUUGAAGCUUUUUACGGAGAUGAGCAGUCGUAGGGGCCGUGACCGCUGUUGUUGUUUUCCGAGUUUUUGACUCCUGUUUUCCGUACACAUCUGGGUCCUUGUGAAGGGCGGAUGGUCCGCAUCUCGUCUACCAACCCUGCUGUUCCUGGUCCUUCCUCGCAUGUCACCUAAUCUGAUUUGACAAUACUCGAUGUGAUAUGUAGUGUAGCUCUUAUACCAUGGAGUACGCAGCGAAAAGCUGCAUGGGCGGCUUGCGGCUCCCGUCUUCUUUCUGUCUGUGAGGACAACUAAUUCAGUCCGCAUUCGAUGUUAUUCGGUCCAGAGGGGGAGGGAGAAAAGCUUAUAAGAGCGUUCCGCAUGCAUCUGUUAAUAAAACCUUCUAAAAUUUCCAGAAUUUGGUGAGAUCGUUUCGUUUCGUUUGGUAAAAAGUAUCGGCACGUCUUUCUUUCUGCACGCUAAGGUCGAUGUCUCUUAUAGCUGUUGCGCAGCUCCGAACUACGUCUUCACGCCCCCGUGUGAAGGAAGUCUAAGACCGUAAAGUUCGACACUAAGGUCGAUGUCUCUUAUAGCUGUUGCGCAGCUCCGAACUACUUCUUCACGCCCCCGCGUCAUUUUACUUGCAGCUAUGCUCGGGGACCGCGUUGCAAGGUUCUAGCUUCUCACUUGCAUAGUGCUCUACUCGUCAUCCCAUCCAAAUGCUUCUUGAGCCUUGAGUGGCAAUCAGUUUGCGGUAGAGCUGAUAUCAUUACUUCUGGUAUAUUUGUGGUCAUCUUCGUAGAUUCUUCAAGCUUUUUUGUUUUGUUGAGGAAUCUCAGAUGAAGUGGCAUUGAGCAGUCGGUGCACACCCGGUGCGCGUAGUCGUCAUUGAUCUCUUUGCAUCAUUUUUAUCGUGGAGACAACUUCAAGUGCUGAGACGAUGCCUUGCGAUUUGUGGUUGGUGUGACGACGUGACUUAGCCGUGUGUGUGACGUGAAUUAGCAGUGUCUGUGAAUAUAGGUUGAAAAUGUGGAAAGCAGGUGCGCUGUGAGGUGGAGGACUGAAGGUGGAUUCAUUCAUCGGCUAUUGUCGUGAUCCUGGAGUGUCGUGGAUGACAGCGGGGGCUCUGCGAUUACGAAAGGGCGGACAUAGUUUCACUCAGGAACAGGCUUAUUACUGUUCCACGAACAAAAUAAGACUCCCAUC